AUGAGUUGGAUGGACUCGUGGUCAAGGCCGGGCAAACAUGCCGCCGUGCCUCCUCCGUUCUAUCUGACUCAGGGCGACGAUGUGCCCUACUGCCGAACUUGCGGUAGAGUUAUAAGCGCUCGCAAACAGCAUCACCAAAAGACAACCAACACCAUCAAAUACUGCUCAGAUCGAUGUCGGAAUCGUAAGCCUGGGCCCCUGGAUAAGAGGAUAGAGAGGACGAUAGUGGCGCUUCUCAAUGCUGAGCCUGCCCAGCAAACCACUGGUGCAGCCAAACCAAAGGCAACAAAGGGUGACCGUCGGAUCAUCGUAACGUGCGAGGAGAUCGAGGAGGCCGUGUUUGGCAGUCGACACGACCCGACCAAGACGUUUGGACGAAAGAAGAACCGAGCAAGUCGAGCCUUGGGUGACGAUCAGGAUGGCGAAUGGAAGAGCGUGGACAUGGAGGACGACCAGGAUCAUGAUACCAGCUCCGACCAGGAUUUGUCUGGAGCAAAGGACACACAUCACCGAGGAGUGCGUCCGCUGGUACGGCCAUCGCAGUGGGCAUCUGACGUCAAUGGCAGUGUUGGAGGGGAGAAGGGCUGGGCUGAACGACAAUCCGAGACUGCUGAGGAGCUUGAAAAGCGGAUGGAGGGUCAGCAGCGUGCUGAACAGCGUGAGAUGGUCCGAAGGGCGGCUAGAAGAGGCGUCGUUUUUGGGUUUGCAGUAGACUCUUCCGAGCAGGAUCGUCAGGGUCAACAUGCCACAGCAGCAACCACAGUAGAAGGGCGAAAUGAUGGCUCAGAAUCGGAGACACGGCGGAAGUGCGAAGCCCUCAUGAAUGGCUCGGUAGUCGAACCCAGUUUCGCCAAGGGCAAUUGGGCCAUCCGGUGGAGGGAAUAG